AGACAGCAAACUUUCAACUGAAGGGCAGUGGAUUCCAACUAAAAUUUGGCUGAUGGAAUAUCGUCUGUCAAGUAAUGCAAGUGAGAUUCCCGUAUUCAGCUUCUUACCUCGUGUAUAAACAUGUAAGUGGUUGCUGUGUCGUAAUACUACUGUAGAAUACGUGUCAAAAGUGUUUUUUCGUUAUUCUGACUUCAUCUUCACACCGUUUAUUUCUUUAAGAUGACCAGUAUGUUAAGCAUUGUAAAUAAGUGCACUCUUCCUGAUUCUCGGAUAAAUAAAGUAGACCUCGCAUUGCUUUUGUUUUUAAAAAUAAUAUGCAAAGGUAUUUUAUUUAGUAAUCAUAUGUGUGUGUACACUGCAUUACUGUUAUCCCUAUUUUGAAGUUUAGAUUAUGCCGGACGAAGACUCAAUAAGAAUUAAACUUAUUCUCUUAGGCGAUUCGGGAGUGGGGAAGUCGAGUCUAAUCCGCCGAUUUGUUGAUGACCAGUUUCUUCUGAAUGAGGCGGCGACAAUUGGUUUCGACUAUAAACCAUAUCAAAUGGUUGUGGAUGGUGAGACAGUACAGUUUAAUAUAUGGGAUACAGCUGGUGCAGAACGAUAUAGUGGUUAUCUAACUCCUUCGUUUUAUCGUCACGCCCAUGGUGCCCUUUACGUAUAUGACGUUACUUCUAUGCAAAGUCUUUCUGGAGUAAAGUAUUGGGCAGAACAAACAGAACAGUUCUGUGGCGGUCGACUCUUAAAAAUGCUUGUUGGGAAUAAAAUUGAUUUGGAUGGCCGAGUAGUUUCUAAAAAGGAAGGUUCAGAUUUCGCUCGACAAUUGGGAUCACUUUUUGUGGAAACUAGCGCAAAAACAAGUGAGAACGUUCGUGAUGCAUUCGUAGAGCUUGUUCGCAAAAUACUUCAAGAUCCUGAAUUCAGAGCAUCAUCUUCAUCAUCAAGACCACCUCAGGGUAUACCAUUAGAAUCUAAACAGCCAGAUUCAUCGCCUUCAACGUGUUCGUGUUAA